CCGGGUACCGGUACCCGAGUAUGCCAUCUCGAGAUUUUCUAGUAAUUGACCAACUUUAGUCAACAUCUGCAUUGCUCGUAUUGCAAGUGGCCACGAGCGAAGACCGGAAAAGGACCCUGAAAUGCUUGCAUUACAAAAUUAGCUAGGCCCUAGCUUAAUUUUGAAGAGAAAUAAAUUCCUUCGGUAACUAGGGACAUGGGGCAAAAGAAGCUCCCAUCUUCGGGAUUGGCAACCGAACACACCUGCCCGGGAAAGACCCCGACUCCGGGACCCAACGAGCCCGGCAUGAGGUUCCGAAGAAUGGAGAGUCAUCGCUUGGGGGGUAUAAGUGCAAGCAGUCCGGGGAAACUGAAAUCUGCUAAAAUUCACUUGACAUUUUUGCAUAUUCUUGGGACUUGCCAUUGCAUUCAAUCAUGAACUGGCUUUCAGCAAAAUCUCAUGCUCCCAUAAUCAAAAUCACAAUAAAAGAUCCUAAACCAAGUUACACAACAUGGGACCGGAUCGAAGGCACAGUGACGGUGACUGCGCCCAAUGACACUAAUGUUAAUAACACACAGAUUACUUUUGAAGGCUCCUCGCGGGUGUUUUUACCACGGCCAAUUACCGAACUUCGUGAACCUACAGCCUGCCACACAUUCCUGAAGCUUCAACAGCCCAUUGAAACUCCUAACUCGCCUAUUCAUGUCCCAGGAAGAACUUACAGUUAUCCAUUCUACUUCGUCAUUCCCGAGGAAUUGCCCCUCGGAUCUUGCAUACACGAAAAGAGCAAUGGAUGUGUCGACUAUCGGCAUGCUAAGCUUCCACCAACACUGCGAUUCCCCAAUUUGUCUCAGGAACUGUGUCGGAUUGCGUACUCUGUUCGUGCUACGGUUUUCUACCAUAUAGAAAACGAUGGUAAUAACGAAAGAACAACUACAUCUACAAGAGAUAUACGGUUCGUCCCUGCGCAUCAGUCGAACCACCUCCCGCGAAGCCUGCAGACCUUCAUAUCAUUACAACACAACCCGAAGCAGGACGUGAAGAGCAAAGCAUCGCUUUCUCCGUGCAGAUUAUCUGUGGAAGGGUCUUCCGCAAAAUUGACGCAGGGGCGCUGUCAUGGGGAUUCCUCGAAUGGCUCCUUCGACGCAUAUCUUACCAUACCGCUUCGCUUCGAAGCAGCGGGAGAAGCGAAGCCUCCUCAACUACGAAACCUACAUUGCACGCUCAAGGCUUCAACAUUCUUGGCGACAAGGCCCAGUGUCAAACGGCUCAAGCGUCAUGAGGCGCAAUACCGACAAGCACAUGUCGAGACUAUCGCGAUGCGAUCAGAGGAUAUCUCAUAUACGCAAUGGGUCAGGCAUGAGCCAGCCCCAGGGGACUGUGUUACCCUACAUCAGAGCGGCGACAAGCUAUACUACACAACAUCCAUACAUCUCCCUAUACGCAUGCCUCGGAAUGGACAUCUCAUACCAUUCUCUACGUGUCUUCUCUCACGAGCCUAUCUUCUCGACAUGCGUAUGUCGUAUUCUACGCCCGAUUCGAAUGGACGUCGUCGAUCGUUGGAAGCUACAUUACCAAUUAACAUUGCGGCGUCUUAUGAGACGUAUAUUGAGAAGAUACCGCUUUUGAAUACAUUAGAUGAACUAUGUUUAUCUGAUUGGGGUGCCGAGCCACCACCAUAUCAUGGUCAUGAAUUAUCUCGCUCCAGCGAUGUUGUGUCCUUGAGAAAGGGACAACAUACCGGGGUUUAUCACCAUCUGAUGACUUCCUAACAGCAGGCGCGAGACCAGUCAUCACUUUACUAAUGAAAUGAUACUAUCACGUCCACCAAAAGGAUAUGUUCUUCUGCCUCAGGUAGAAGGCAAAGUGUUCCACCAACCUCUUUGUUG